AUGGCAGCCCCAGCCCCGACAGCAACCGCCACAACGGCCGCCGCCCCAUGGCGCGCCCAGUUCCUGGACCACAUCAGCAAGCUGGACUCGCCAAUCUUCACAUUCACCUCCCUGCACCCGGGCCCGGGCUCCUCCCCGCCGGUGCCGAGGGGCCGCACCUGCGUCUACCGCGGCAUGUGGGCGUCGAUCCCGUGGAACGACAAGAACAACGCCCCGCGCAACCCGGACGCCUUCGACUCCGACUGCCUGACGCUGACGACCGACGCGCGCAUGGCCAAGGUGCCCGAGCUCUUCGCGUCGGGCCAGCAAGGAGGAGGAGGCGGCGGUGGUGGCGCGGCCUCGUCCUCGGGCGGCGGCGGCCCCGUCGAGGCCAUGUUCUGGGUCCCCGAGACGGGCACGCAGUGGCGCGUGCGCGGCCACGCCUGGGUGCUCGCGCACGCGGACGUCGGCGACACGGCGAGCCCGGGGGCCAAGGCUGCGCGCGACGCCAUCUCGGCGCGGAUGCGGAGGACGGGCCGAGACGAGGCGGCGACGGGCCAGUGGAGCUGGGAGAAGGAGGUCGUAGGCCAGUUCGGGAACCUGAGCCCCGGGAUGCGGGGCAGCUUCAAGAACCCGCCGCCCGGGACGCCGAGGGCGCAGGAGCCCGGCCCCGGGGAGGGGCUGGGGCAGAAGGUCGGGGACGAGCUGCUGGAGGACGAGGUGGCGAGGAGGAACUUCCGCGUCGUGGUUGUUGUGCCGGAGGAAGUCGACACGUGGGACGGGAAGGACCCUGACAACCAAAAGCGCUUUAUUUACACGUAUGUCGGGCCGGACGCGAAGGCGACGAGGCCUGGUGGUCAGAUCAUUGAUGGGUGGGAGAAGGUGGAGGUCUGGCCCUGA